GGAAUUAAAAGAAAAGAAAAAUAAAUUAUCAAACUCUGAACAAAGAUGCCGAAGGGGAAGGGGGAGGCGGCGAAGACCAAAUCGAUUCCGAAGGCGGCGAAGAACAAAUCGAAUCCGAAGGCGGCGAAUGAAGCUGAAACGUCAUAUAGAAAUCCCUCAAACGUUGAUGUUUCACGGGAGGAUUUGAUUGUACAUGAAUCAAAGGAGGAGGCUCUAGCUUCUUUGUCCGAAUCUGCCCGUAAGAUUGAUCUCUCAGAAUUUAAGGCUUACGUCGACAAAAUGAUGGGUGGUGUGGUGGUGGAGCCUGACUUUUGGAUGUUUAACUUUUACCUUAUGGAAGUAUUUUCCCAAGUAUCACCAUUACCAUGGUUUAACAUGUUAAAGACAUCGCCUUUGUCCGAUGUUCCAUUAUCUCAUAUUCCUAAAUCCGUCUACAAAACAACAGCAGCCGAUUUGAUCUAAAAACUUCAAUGCGUUUUAAAGUUCGUAACGUGGGCGCCUGAUCGACUUCUCAUUGAUUGGGCAGCACAUGCUAAAGGCCAAGAACAACCUUUUAUCUUAUAUCAGGUGGCGACAUUGGUUGAAUUGGCCAUGGUGUUGCGUGCUGAUCCUCAUUCUUUGACUCGUCUUUUGUCGAUGCUGAGGUGGAGACCUAGAUAUCGUGGCGAAGACAAGCUUCCGCUUAUCGUUUGGAUGAUGUCUCAUGCCUUUCAACAAGAUUUACCUGCUGCCUUGCAUUCAUGGGCGGUUAACUUGCUGCCACUAGUCUUUAGUAAAAAGUGCAGCUACAGCUCUCAGUCAAUUCAUCUCAUCCUGCAAUUUGUUGAGAUGAUUUUGUCCUCGAAUCAAGAGGCUCGGGAUGUAUUCCUAAACGAACCUGUUCGGCCUUCCGGAAUGCGGCUGAUUCCACCUCAUUCGUUUGAGAUGUUGCUGCUGCUUGCAUGCCCUGCUAGAGUAGAGGAGGCAACAACAGAGAGGUUUCAGGCAAUUUAUCCCUUGUUGAAGGAAGUAGCCCUUGCACCAGAUUCUAGGAGUGCAGGCGAACUGAAACAUAUAUUCGCUUUUUCCUUGAAAUUUGCUGGACUAAAAGAAUUUCCUGCUCUAGCCAGUGAAGCUACAGCAAUCGCCUUCAGUCUUUUGACACAAAACGUUGAUUGCUUUAUGCAAUGGGAUGUUCUCUACAAGGAGUAUCUUGAAGCUAGUGUUGCUCUUCUUAAAAAGCUUGUAGACGAAAGGUGGUGGAUCCCCAAACUAUUAUCAUCAUCACCGACUGAUAAUCUCAUUUUCGAGCAUGCUAUGAAUAGCUUCAUGAUGAAGAACGAAAUAGCCGCCAUCAUUGAAGAAGUAGCCAAUCUUUCUCUUUACCAAGAAGCUGACUAUUUGUGCAAACUGUUAUCGUAUCUGAACAAAUCAAAUCUGAAUGCGGCAAAGAUGGAUCCCUCAGACCUUAAGCUUGUGGAAGACAAAUCAUACGGUGUUAGUGCAGCUGAGGAAAUUGAAAAGGCGAUAGUGUCUUUGUCCUUGUCCGAAGCUGCCAAAAAGAUGGACCCCUCACCUCUUGCGGCAAAGAUGGAUCCCUCAGACCUUAAGUGCAGCUGAGGAAAUUGAAAAGGCGAUAGUGUCUUUGUUCGAAGCUGCCAAAAAGAUGGACCCCUCACCUCUUGCGGCUUACCUCGACCAUGUAUUGGUAAGUGAAAUUCGCGUUUUGUCUAAAAUUCAGCAACCGAAUUUUAGUUCUGGUUUGUUGAUAGGACGAUGAUUGGUAUACACCGCCGAGCCAGAUUCAUAAAUUAAUCCAUUACUAUGGGUUCAACUUUCCCAAGUAUCCUUUCCAUGGGUCAAGAUGUUUCAGGACUAUCCUUUAUCCAAGCUCAUUCAUGUUCCGUUAUCUCUUAUUCCUGAACCUGUCUACAAAGAAACAGUCGAUUUCAUCAAGGAACUUCCAUUCACGCCUAUACUACCUUCCGCUGUACUAUGGGCAACUGAUCUCAUUCUCACUGAAUGGCCUGGAGUUGUUGCCAAAGUUGAACAAGACAGAUCCAAGGUGGCAGCAUUUGUUGUGUUAGCCAUGGUUUUGCGUACUCGACCUGAUACCUUGACUCUUCUUUUGCCGGAGCUGAGGGAGAAUCCUACCUAUCAAGGCCAGGACAAGCUUCCGGUUAUAAUUUGGAUGAUGGCUCAGGCCUCCCAAGGUGAUUUAUGUGGUGGCUUGUAUUCGUGGGUGCGUAACUUGCUGCCACUAGUCGCCAAUAACAAGGACUACAGCAGCUCUCAGUCUACUCAUCUCAUCUUGCAAUUAGAGUUUUCACAUUUCCGCCUCUCUCAAUCCGCGCUUCAUAUCCAACCCUCCGUCUCUGAAGCUCCAUCUCCGUUUUCAUCUCUGUCUCUCUCCAACGCUCCGACUCGUGUGUGUAUUCAUUUUCUCGGGAUGAGUUUACCUCAACCGGAUAAUCCCAAAUACCCUCGGCAGGAAAUCUAGUUUGUUAGGCCUACCUCCAAGAUCGAAAUCUGAGAGAAAAUCCAGCAAGUUAAACCUACCUCCCAGAAAAUGGAAGGACCAUACCUGGAGUAUUCUACCCUGCAGAAAGUCACUGUAUUUCUGAAGCGCAUCAGGUACUCCCGAGAAGAAUACUUCAAAGCUGCAAAUGAAAUGGAUAAGAAUCUUGAAGUUGAUGGACGAGAUGUCGAAGGAGUACUUAGAUUCGUGGCGAUGGAUGCAUCUGACUAUUCUGUUUACCUCUCUUUCAAACCGUGGCUGUGCACACUCGGUGAGCUGGUUCCGUUAUCUCUUAUUCCUGAACCUGUAUACAAAGAAACAUUCGAUUUCAUCAAGGAACUUCCAUUCACGUCUAUACUACCUUCCGCUGUACUAUAGGCCACUGAUCUCAUUCUCACUGAAUGGCCUGGAGUUGUUGCCAAAGUUGAACAAGACAGAUCCAAGGUGGCAGCAUUUGUUGUGUUAGCCAUGGUUUUGCGUACUCGACCUGAUACCUUGACUCUUCUUUUACCGGAGCUGAGGGAGAAUCCUACCUAUCAAGGCCAGGACAAGUUUCCGGUUAUAAUUUGGAUGAUGGCUCAGGCCCUCCCAAGGUGAUUUAUGUGCUGGCUUGUAUUAGUGGGUGUGUAACUUGCUGCCACUAGUCGCCAAUAACAAGGACUACAGCAGCUCUCAGUCUACUCAUCUCAUCCUGCAAUUUGUUGAGAUGUGUAUCCCAUCAUGAAAUAUAAGAUUUUCAAUAAAUAUGUUACUGGUUAAUCACUCUCCUCAACAGUCUCUUGUGUUCGUUGUUUGGUUUUCAUCAACUUUGAGACCAUUAUUUCAUUGCAUCAUCUGAGUAACUACUUGGUUUGGUUAUUCCGCUGUAUUAACUUAAGUCUACCGAUCUAAUCAGUGGGUUCUGUCUUUCGUUAAAA